AUGGCCGAUGAAAGACUGACAUCACUUGCUACUUUAUUGCUUGAGAAUGCCAUUGGCCAGUCUUUGGAUCUCUCUGACUCGGUGCUUCAGUUUGUGAGGGCAAAGCCUGAACAGGAAAUUAUAAUGUUUUUCUUUGGCCUAUUAGCAUAUGAAAGACCCACAAAAAUAGAGGAAACUGAUUUUACAAGGGAAACGGGGAAACUGACUAUAACCAGAGUGCAGUCAAAUGCACAAAGAAACACUGAAGAAGCUGGAAGGCUCUUGGGCAGCAAGAAUGUCCGUGUCAAUUGCUUGGAUGAGCAUGGCAUGACCCCUUUAAUGCAUGCAGCAUACAAAGCGAAAGCUGACAUGUGCAGGUUGCUCUUGCGGCAUGGAGCGGAUGUUAACUGCAAUGAACACGAGCAUGGAUAUACUGCCUUGAUGUUUGCUGGACUCUCAGGCAGCAAAGAAAUCACCUGGAUGAUGUUAGAGGCUGGAGCAGAGACUGAUGUUGUCAACUCUGUGGGAAGGACAGCAGCUCAGAUGGCUGCCUUUGUGGGUCAACAUGAUUGCGUGACCAUCAUCAACAACUUCUUUCCACGGGAAAGGCUAGACUACUACACUAAACCACAAGGACUAGAUAAAGAACCAAAACUGCCAGUGAAGUUAGCUGGGCCUCUUCACAAAAUUAUUACUACUACAAACUUGCAUCCUGUUAAGAUUGUGCUGCUGGUCAAAGAGAACCCCCUGUUGGCAGAAGUAGAAGCACUGCUGAAAUGCUACAGGGUGUUGGACCUGAUUUGUGAGAAAUGCAUGAAGCAGAGAGAUAUGAAUGAAGUACUGGCUAUUAAAAUGCACUAUAUCAGUUGCAUCUUCCAGAAAUGUAUUAAUUUUCUCAAAGAGCGAGAAGAUAAACUGGAUGGAUUAAUCAAAAGUCUAUUGAAAGGCAGAGAUACAGAUGGUUUUCCUGUGUAUCAAGAGAAGCUUAUCAGAGAGUGCAUUCGAAAGUUUCCUUACUGUGAAGCUACCUUGCUCCAGCAGCUGGUGAGAAGUAUUGCUCCAGUUGAAAUUGGCUCUGAUCCUACUGCUUUCUCUGUACUUACACAAGCUAUUACUGGCCAAGUGGGCUUUGUGGAUGCUGAAUUCUGUACAACCUGUGGGGAAAAGGGAGCAGACAAAAGAUGUUCAGUAUGUAAAAUGGUUAUUUAUUGUGACCAGAACUGCCAGAAAAUACACUGGUUUACCCACAAAAAAGUUUGUAAGACGCUGAAGGAAGCUCAUGAGAAGCAAGAGCUAGAAGCUGCCAAAGAAAAACGGAGACAAGAAAAAAAGCAAGAGAGAGAUGAAGCACAGGCAGCUGAUCCUAGUUCCACAAAUGAGGAGCAGUCAGACCUUCACCCAGGAGCUACCAAAGAAGUGGAUCCAAAUCAAGCAGUUGAGAGAACAGAGGAAAAUGUGCUUAACAAUGAGCCAGCAGCCCCACAACCUCGUCUUGACAAUCCGUCUGAAAGCGAGACCAGCUUAGCUGACAUCGCUGUGCAAAAAGUUCAAGAAUCUGAAGAGUAAGAUGAUGGUGGGCAGGGGACUGAAGUCUUGGCUGAAGUCCCUGUACUUCAGUGUCACGAUGCAUAUUCUAAGUUGAAUAUGUUUAUAGCCCUCACUGCAUAGCAUAUGCAAGACUUCCUGUGUGAGAUAGCAUAUGUCUCUUUUUUUCCCCUAAGUUAAGAAAUAAGCCAGCAUAAUCACAUACUUUAGACUCCAUUAUAGGUUGUCAAGACAAGUCAUUUAUACUCUGGUCAAUACUAUAUUUGCAUAUAUCCCUCUGGUUGUACCUACAACAAGUGUAGUAAACCUAUGAAUAUCUGUGGAAAAUAAGCCACUUGCUAGUGAAAUGGGAAAACAUUCAAAUCACUUGGAUUAUCCUUGUUUUCAAAAAUUAAAAUCCUACAUAUAGUAAAUUAAAGAUUUUUCUCCACAUGCAAUAAAAUUGAAGCUGAGAGAGUCUUAUGAAGUCAUAUGGGAGGUUAGCAGUUUAAUUUCUUUACAACUCUUCACAAUAUAAUUUUUUUUUAAUUUUUUUUUUGAGAGUCUUCAUCUGGAUUCUGAACACUCUUCACUGUCUUUACUGUGAUUAGUUAGUUUCCGCUAUUGGUGCACAGCAAUAUAUAAUUUGUCUGUUUUGUGACAAUUUUCAUUAAAUGAUACUGCUGAUCCAGCUGUCUCAA